CUCUGUCCCCAGCUCCUAGGGAGGAGGUUGCCUAUGUGACCUGUACCUACAGGGAAACGUGCGUUGACCAACCUGACUUCCUUGCCACCGUGGACCUCAACCCCAGAUCUCCAUAUUACGGCCAGGUGAUCCACCGCCUGCCCAUGCCCAACCUCAAAGACGAGCUGCAUUCCUCGGGUUGGAGCAGUGGCUGCACCUGCUUUGACAAUGCCAGCAUGCAAAGGACCAAGCUGAUUCUUCCCUCUUUCAUUUCCUCCCGCAUCUACGUGGUGGAUGUGGGUUCCCAGUGCCGGGCUCCCAGGCUGUGUAAGAUGAUUGAGCCAGUGGAUGUCUUCUGGAAGUGCAACAAGGGGUACCUCAAUGUGCCUCGCAGCCUGCCCAACGGUGACGUUCUGAUUGCUAACGUGGGAGAUCCAGCUGGCAACGCCAAAGGUGGAUUUGUCUUGCUGGAUGGACAGAACUUUGAGCUGAAGGGGAACUGGGAAAACGAGUGCGCAUCCCCCCCGAGCGGAUACGAGUUCUGGUUCCAGCCCCGCCACAAUGUUCUGAUCAGCACUGCUGGAUUCGAGCUCAAACGUGCAGGAUAUGGCUUUAAUCCUGACGACCUGAAGAAAGGGGUCUAUGGACGCCGCCUCAACGUGUGGAACUUGUCCUGCCGCACUCUCACGCAGUGCUUUGACCUGGGGGAGGAUUCUCUGCCCCUGAGUGUUAAAUUCCUGCACAACCCCGAUGCUGCCGAGGGAUACGUCAGCUGUGCCCUGAGCGGCGUCGUCUACCGCUUCUACAAGUGUGAGGCAAACAACUGGGCAGUGGAGGAGGUGAUCCGGAUUCCACCUAAGGAGGUGGCAGGAUGGAUUAUGUGCAAGAUGCCAGCCUUCACAGUCGACCUGGUCAUCUCGAGGGAUGACAAGUACCUGUACCUCAGCAACUGGCUGCACGGAGACAUCCGCCAAUACGAGCUGUCCAGGAACUGCAAGCCCAGGCUGGUAGGACAGGUGUUUGUGGGAGGCAGCAUCCUCAGAGGUGGACCUGUUGCUGUGUGCAGAGACGAGGAGCUGAAGUGCCAGCCCGAGCCCUUGGUGGUCAAGUGCAAGAGGGUGUACGGCGGCCCGAGUAGGCUGCAGCUCAGCUUGGAUGGCAAGAGGCUGUACGUCACCAACUCCUUCUACAGCACAUGGGACAAGCAGUUCUACCCAAACCUGGUCAAGGAAGGCUCUGUCAUGCUGCAGAUUGAUGUGGACACUGAGAAGGGAGGCCUGUGUGUGAACAAGAACUUCCUGGUGGAUUUCGGAAAGGAACCCAAUGGGCCCUGCCUUGCCAAAGACAUCCACUUCCCUUGUGGAGAUUCCACCUCUGAGAUCGUGGCUUAGGCGCUGUAGGAAAGACUUCCUUCUUCCCUCUCCUCCAUAGUGCAUCCAUUAAGAUAGAGCUUAGGGUAACUGGGUUGGGGUCCCCAUUCAUUGCUGGAGUCUAGAUUUGUGCUAAGGUGAGCUGUGCAAGCUCUGCCCCGCUGCGAGGCUUUGGUUCAGGCAGACCAGUGAGCAGACACAUGGCAUGUUCUCAGUGCUCUCCGUGCAAAGCAAGCCCUGGGCAUGAGUCGCAGAGCAGAGCCCAGGGAGCUGCUCACACACAGGGAUGUGCAGUACACACGGUGCCUUUGGGCAGAUAGCACAUCUCCACCGUGCCCUGCUUCAUUGCUGCAGGCCUCUGGGGCCCUGCCUUGAUGUCCCAGCCUGGUGGCUACUGCUCUGUGUACUGGGGCCGGUGGCAAGGUGCUGAGCUCUCAGUUCUGUUUCAGAGCUUGCUGACCCUUGGUAACUGAGGCAAAAGCAAGUGAAGUGCCCAGUUUGUCUGAGCUCCUGUUCUUGAGCCAGGUCCUUCCUGGACAGUCUUCCCCUGCAUGAGAGCCCUCCUGGCUCCUUGCACGUGCUUGGGUCCGUGUGUCACGGCUGGAGGAGCACAGAGUGCUUCAGUUUGGGAAGAGGUGCCUGUUUCCUGACACUGGUUUGCCCUCAUGUUCUGCUUUAAACACAAAUAAAACUGUUCUUUGCAUCACCUA